AGCACUCCAGACGGCCUCCGCUCAGUGGAGCAAUGGCGCUCCAGACCGUGCUAGAGACUGUAGGAUGUGGGGAGCAAGAUACUGUCCUCAAGGUGCUGCAGAUCUACAACCAAGAGAAGUCCCAGUGUUUCACCUUUGAAGAUGAAGAACGAGAAGAAAGGAAGAAGCUGGCUAUGUUUCUUAUCAAGUUCUUGGAGAGAGAACUCCAGCCCUCCUGCCAGGUCACAUGCUUGGAAAGCAUACGCAUCCUGUCCAGGGACAAAAGCUGCCUUGGCCCUUUCUCAACCAUGGAGAGCCUGAAGACGCUAGCUAGGCACGCUGGGAUUGAUUACACAGACGAACAGAUCCGGGAGAUUCCAGACCUGGAUGUGAUCUUGGAGGCACUUAAGUGCCUGUGCAACAUUGUCUUCAGCAGCCACGAAGCCCAGGAGCUGAGCUAUGAAGCCCGGCUUGUGGUGGGCCUCACAGAUCGCAUCAAACUCUACAAUGAAAGAAACCUUCCCCACGACAUCAAGUUUUUUGACUUGCGUCUUCUCUUCUUGCUGACGGCACUGAGGGUGGACAUCCGGGAGCAGUUUGCACAGGAACUCCGGGGCAUUGGUCUGAUGACAGACACCCUGGAGCUUACGCUAGGCGUGAAGUGGAUAGAUCCUCAUGAGGUAGCAGCUGAGGAGAACCCUGACAUGCCCUUACCUCGACAGGAGACAGAGCGUGCCAUGGAGAUCCUGAAGGUGCUCUUCAAUAUCACUUAUGAUACCAGCAAAAAAGAGGUGGAUGAGGAAGACGCCGCUCUGUACCGACACCUGAGUGCCCUCCUCCGUCAUUGCCUGAUGAUUUCAGCAAAUGGUGAGGACCGAACAGAAGAAUUUCACAGCCACACGGUGAACCUCCUGGGCAAUCUGCCUCUCAAGUGUCUGGACGUCCUGCUGCUACCCAAAGUGCAGCCAGGCUCACUUGAAUACAUGGGAGUCAAUAUGGAUGCUGUCAACGUCCUCCUGGAUUUCCUCGACCGACGUCUUGACAGGGGUCACAAGCUUAAGGAGAGUCUGACUCCUGUGCUGAACUUGCUGACUGAGAGUGCCCGGGUCCACCGCCAGACAAGGAAGUUCCUUAAAGCCAAGGUGCUGCCCCCACUGCGUGAUGUGAAGAAUAGGCCUGAGGUAGGGAAUUUCCUGAGGAACAAGCUUGUGCGCCUCAUGACUCACAUUGACACCGAUGUGAAGCACUGUGCGGCAGAGUUCCUCUUUGUUCUCUGCAAGGAGAGUGUGGCACGGUUUGUGAAAUACACAGGAUACGGGAAUGCUGCUGGGCUUCUGGCAGCGCGAGGUCUCAUGGCUGGUGGCCGGGCAGACGGUGAAUACUCUGAGGAUGAAGAUACUGAUACAGAGGAGUAUAAGGAAGCGAAACCCAAUAUUAACCCGAUAACUGGACGUGUGGAGGAGAAACUUCCCAACCCAAUGGAGGGCAUGACAGAAGAGCAGAAGGAGUUUGAAGCUAUGAAACUGGUGAACAUGUUUGACAAACUCUCCAGACAGCAAGUCAUCCAGCCAAUGGGUGUGACUCCAGAGGGCAAUCUGACUGCUCUCAAUUUAGACUCAAUACAGGAUACUCUUCAACCAAUACAUGACGAUAGGGCAUCACAUGACUCUGAUUUGGAAUUGGACUGAAACUCUCCUUUUCCCUAAAAAACUAGGGACCCUCUAUUCUCCCUCCAUGACCGGUGCUGUACCAAGAGACUAGUUCCAGAAAAGGACACUGUAUGGGCUGGAUGCCCACUGCC